UUUAGAUCCACCGUCCGUCAGCGUCAGCGUAAUACCUGAUGUGGCAGCUGAGCUGUCAGAUGCUGUACUUACUUGCAAUCCCAUUGAUGGUAAUCCUGCUGUUCUGAUGGCUGUGCGUUGGUAUCAUAAUGGUAAUUCUAUUCAGAGUGAAACUACAGAGAAUGAAAAGACAGAGCUCACGUUGAAGAAUUUAACCAGAGAACAAAGUGGAAAUUACACGUGCAGGGGAAUGAAUACUGCCGGCUGGAGCGUCGAUUCGGAGCGGCAGUAUUUGGACAUACACUAUCCUCCAGGUUCUGCCAGCAUAUCGCAGAUGGAGCCCACGGCAGUGAAGGGGCACACAGUCGCCUUGCUUUGUCAACUGGACGACUUAGGACAUCCACCAGCUUCCAAAUAUUUGUGGGAAUCACCAACGCGCGUCAUCAGUAAUAACGCCUCUUCAAACCAACAUCAGCGACAGGUUUCUACAGCGGCUUCAAUCCUCAGCAUGGAAAAUGUCAGCGCAGCAUCUGAGGGAAUUUAUUUCUGCGCGGGAAGGAACGAAGUUGGCACUGGCCCUUUAGGGCAUUUUACCCUCAAACUCAGUGCUCCCCCAUCGUUCGUACGAGCGCUGCCUGCGGAAUCAGGAGCAGCCCGGAAUGCAUCGGAAGUCCGGUUGAUGUGUCAUGUGGAAUGUGAUCCAUUGUGCAACGUCACAUGGUUUCGAGGCACCGAUUCAUUGCAGGAUUCUAAGUUCUUUGUCACAGAAACUAUUGUUCUGGAUCCAGACCCGAAAAGGAACGUCCUCAUGUCCGUCGUAAGCACACUAUCUUGGAGUCUCAGUCACCUUCCGGCUACAAGUUUUGAUUUCAGCACUUUUACCUGCGUGAGCUCUGGUAAUGUUCUUGGACCAGGAGUCAAUAGCUCGACGCUUUUCAGAAUUGAAUAUCCUCCAGAGAAUAUCCAGGUAUCUCUGAAUUUAAUUGACAUCGUCGAAGGAGAGACACCAGAAGAUGUGAUUUGCUCGGCAUCAGCUUUCCCUCCUGGACAUUUCCUGUGGACUGUGGGUGAGACUGUUCUUUCACGGUCACACAUUUUAUCUUUCAAUGCUUCUGUCACCAGAGAUAUGGCUGGAAACUACUCAUGCAAUGUUAAAAACUCUCACGGACACGCAAGGGCAGAUCUCGUUCUCAUGGUGAAUCACAGGCCGGAGUGCAGCAUUAGGAAGGACUAUGAUGACCAGAGGAAUAUUGUUCUUAUCUGUCGAUCAGUUGCUUAUCCGGCCGUCACAAACUUUUCCUGGUUCCGGGACAAUGUAUCGUUGAACGGAGACCGAGAUAUCGUACGACGAAGUGGAAGGCAUGAGAGUACGUUGGUGUUAACUAAUGAGGAUCACAACGAAAAUCUUGCCCGAUACUCUUGUAUAAGUACGAACUCUAUGGGUCCAUCAGAUCCUUGCAAACUGCAGUUGACAUCUUUGCCAGGCAUCAUUUUCAAGAAGUUCAUCCUCAUAACAUUUGACCAAGAUGUCGAAAUCGUUAUGUUCCCUGAGCCGGAUACCAAACAGAAAAACGAAGAUAGAAUAUCUUUAUGA